UCUAUUUCUAUAAAGUUUGCUUAUAUAAUAAUAGCUAGAUUUCAAUGUCAUGACAUAUAUCUAUAAUGAUUCCAAUAUAUAUAGUUCAUCUCAUAUAGUUCGAGAUCCUAAUGAUUUAGAUCUUAGUAAUAUAUAUCCAUUGGCUGAUCUCUAUUUCUGUCCUACAUGUCAACAACCAAAAUCUAUUCAACAAUGUCAAUAUCAUAUAAUAUCUAAAUAUUGUUCUAAUUGUUUAGUGGAUUAUACUGAAAAGAUUCAUUUAAAAAGAUGUACAAAAACUUGCUUUGAAUGUCCAAGAUGUGAAGCAAUUAUAUCAAUAAAUAUUGUAAAUCAUGCCCUUAAUGGUAAAUCAUUUAUUUUUACUUGUAAUUAUUGUCCUUUCCAAUUUGAAACUUCAGUUAUUGAAAAACCUAAAUCAUUACAUUCAAUUAUAAAUCAAGAAAGAUCAGAAAGAGAAGAUUUUCAUGAUAAAUUAUUUAAUCAAUUAAAGAAAACUUUUGAGAAUCAAUAUGAUAAUAACAAUGAAACUGAUACUAAUACUAAUUCUCCAUUAGAUGAAUUAAAAUUAAAGAAUUUAAAUCUCACAACUUUAUCUUCACCAACACCAAUUGUAACUACUGGUGAAACCAAUUUUAAAAUUGAUCAGAAAACUGAUGAUAUUACUCCAAGAUUAAAUUCCAUUAAAUUUGAUUCUUCUAGUCCCUUACAUCAUUCAAAUACUUAUUCUUCAUGGCAAGUUAAUCGUAGAAGAUUCCCCCUUGCUAAACAACUCUCAAUAAAAUAUUCUUUGAGAUGUUUAACUUGUAAUACUAAAUUAUUACAACCUACAAUAAUUCGAGAUAGUCCAUCAUUACAUAAAUUUACAAUUAAAUUAUCAGCUGUGGAUUAUUUACCAAUUAUAAAAGUUACAAAGUAUAAAACAAAUGUUUAUUUAUUAAAUUUUAUAAAUCCAUUACCAUCUAAAUGUGUUAUAACAUUAUCAACAACUGCACAAAUUCCUUCACAAUUUAUAAAUCCACCAACUUCUAAUAAAUCUAUUGAUGUUACAAUUCCAAUAAAUAAAUUUAUUAUUGGUCCUAAUAUUAAUAAAUCAUUUAUAAAGAAUAUUCCAACUGCUUUAUUAACUAAAAAUACUUCAGCUUCACUUGCUGAAUUAGUAAGUAGAAAAAAAUCCUUACAAAAUUCUAAUGUAAGAAUGUCAACUACUUCAAGUCAAUUACAACAAUUUGAAGAGGAAGAAGAAGAAGAAAUAGAUUUUCCAAAAUUAGAAGAUAAAGGUAGUAAUUGGUAUACAAUACCAAUUCAUAUAGCAAUUUCUCAAUUAAGAAAUGCUACAAUAAAGCUUCCUCUACAUAUUAAGAUAAAAACAGAAUUACCUUCUUCAUUUAAAAGUAAAGAAAUAACGGCUGCUUCAAUUACUCCCCCACAAAAAUUAUCAUUUAAGUAUUGGAAUAUAAUUGAAUUAGAUUCAGCUAUAUAAUUAUAUAAUUAUAUAACUAUAUAAUAAUCAGAAUUAUAGACAUAUGAAGAGACUAAUACGCAAUUGUAUUCGUUCUUGUAGGCACCUAUUUUCUCUGGGAUUCCCAUACAU